AUGUACUACAAGGUCAGAGGCUUCAUCGAGAAGCUGGCUGGGUCCUGGGCUUCAGCCACCUACAGCCCACGGGGUUUAAAGCCUGUGGCAUCCUCAGGACCACCACCUAUUAUAUUUGCCACACCAAUGAAAUUUGUCUCAGAACCAGCUCCAUAUGACUAUGCUGGAAAAACAAAGCUCCAGAGCCACAGAAAUUUUUUCAGAAAUCUGGUGAUUUACCUGUCCACUUGA